AUGUCUCUGAUCUUGUAUUAUGUCGUAGGUCAAAUGACUAAAGCAUAUUUUCUUCAAGACUAAUAUGAAAAUUUAAAUAAAAAUAUAUGAAAUAUGUUCUGAAUUUGUUAUAAUGUUUUUGAUUCUAAUUCAUUAAAUUUGACUUUAGGUACUGUAAUAUUUCUUUUCAUUUAAUCCUGCUUAGCAUAGGAAAAUGACACAUUAACAAUACUCUCUUUUAGAUUCAUGUCUAUAGGCAGAAAAUAAAGAAACACCUGUCUUCUCUCGUCAAGGUUCAUGAAUCUAUAAAUUAAUGGUUCUGUCAACUAGAAUAUCAUAAUUACCUUAAUACAAACAUGAAAAAAAUUUCGUUCAAGGAGUGUCAACUCUUCAAAAAUAUGCAUGGAGCAGAUUUCGAAUGCAUAAGAAAUGUCAUGUUACUAUGCAUUUGAAAAUGAGAAUGAGAGAGAGAGAGAGAGAGAGAGAGAGAGAGAGAGAGAGAGAGAGAGAGGGAAUGGCGCCCUCGUCCACGGAACCAUCAUAGGUUUCAGCAGACUCCUCCCUUGUGAUUGGAUCUGUUCAUGGCUGUGGAUGUUUUGGAUGAUCUCGGGGCUUUGGUUCUGAGGAAUCGGUGUAGAGCUUAGCUUUCCCUUCUUCCUCAGAAUGUCAGCGGGGCCGUCAGCCUACAGAGAAAUAAACUAUUUGCGCCUUGUUAUUUCUAUGUUUUUCUAUCAGAGCCACGCAAGGUUCUGAUACAUGCUUGAGCUCCCAUGCGCGUCUCUGGCUUUCUGGGCUUCACUUCCGCUGGAGGUCAAAUCCUGGUAGUGAGAAUUAUCAUCAAGUCUUCCCUAGGUUUCGCUACUUUUCAUAGAAAGCUAUUCAUAGUCAGCUCCAAGAUCUCCUGCUGAAUUUUCUAUAUCUUUGACUUUCUGAUUUCCUCAUGGCUUGCAAAUUAGACUGAUCAUCAGGUUUUACACGUUCAUCACAAGUGCCCGGUGCCUCGUUCAGCGUGGUUUCGGCUGCAAUUAGUGGUGAUAACGCCAUUCUGGAUCCUUGAGCGAGUUCAGGGCUUCGUUAAUCAGCAUCAUCUUCUUCCUCCGGCCUAUGUUACAGGGAAAAAAAGUCAGCCCAAUCAUGGCUUCUUUCUUCAGCUAUUCCUCUCCCAAUUCUCCAUCCAAGGUUUUCAGACAAAGAGAGCUAGGCAGAGGUUGACUUUUCAUCAUCUCAUGAUGACCAUUCUGGGCUGUGACGGAUUGCUCUAGAGCGGAUAUGAGCCCUGUGUAUCCUCAGUUGACAAAAACGCUUUCUGAUCUCAUAGAGGAUAUAUAUUCAGCGCCGGAAUUUCCCUGGAAUGCUAGAUUGAGCUGACCUAUGAGACUUUCUACCUGUAAUCCUCGUGCUUUAUGACCAGAAACGGAGUUGGUCCCUCUUGUGAUCAUAUCCAUGAAGUUCAUGUAAUGAUUUGACUUUUAACCAAGUUCCCCGUGGAGCUGGGGUGGGUAGCUGUGGACAUAAUUUCCCUCUCAGGAGCAGAUUUUGGUCGUGGGGUGGAUGAUGCUGUGCCUAAUCUUCUGAGGAGAGGUUCUCAAUUCAUCUGUUUCUCUUCUUUGCUUUGGAGUUGACUGCCGUUGGUUAUUGAUUACACUCUUUUUAGUCCUUGGCUGUUGCUUGGGUCAACCAAGAUUUCUACACAGUCGCUUUUGGGUCAACUGAGAGCAUGCUUGGCCGCACAAUGGCUGUCAAGUUUCAGACUGUGGUUGACUUUCUGCUUGAUCAGUUUCAAAGAUGGGAGGAAGGGAGCUGCAUUGGCAAGUCUUCUGCUGUGUGUGUGUGUGUGUGUGAAAGACAGAGAGAGAGAGAGAGAGAGAGAGAGAUGCUCCUAUUUGCCAUGGCCGUGUGGCAUGGUCUGGUAUCUUUUCCUGUGAACAUAGAAACAUCACAACUGCAAUUAACGAUUUGAUUAUAGUGCUUAUGUUAUAUGUUGAUGUGGAUAUUCGAAGUAGAAAUCACAGGGGUUGACUUCAAUGAGAAGAGAUUGUUGCUUGCUCCCAGGCGUUGACAACAGCAUGAACACGUACCUGAAAACGGUGAAGCUCACGCUGAAGGGGAAGAACCCGGUGAGUCUGGAUCAUCUCAGUGAGAGAGGCAACAACAUCCGGUACUACAUUCUUUCCGACAGCCUGAACCUCGAGACACUGCUGGUUGAGAAGACUCCGAGGGUCAAACCCAAGAAGCCCACAGCAGGUCCUCUCUCUCUCUCUCUCUCUCUCUAUCUUCUGCCCAUUUCUGAUCCGCUCGUUGGUGCGAACCAGGGAGGGCGAUUGGGCGAGGGCGUGGCCGCGGCCGGUGGUGGGUAAUGCCCUCUCUACCCCUCAUUUUUCUUUUUUUUUGCGUUGACUACUUGGAAGCUCAAUUGAAUAUGGUCUUCUCGGUUUUCAGAGAACCCUCUCUCUCUCUCGCUAGGUUUCUCUGUCCUAGCGUCUUGAACGCGGGUUGGCCGCCAUUGGUGCACGUGUCGACUGCCUGGAUGUUAAUAGAAGGUUCUACACGUGGCGAUUGA